GCAUGCGGACGUCACUGCCGCGUGCGGCGGCGAAGGACAGGGCGCCCGCGGGCCGCAGUGGGAGCGGGUCCGGGCCCGGCGGCGCCAUGAGCGGCUACAGCGAGGACGAGCGGCUGCGGCUGCAGCAGCUCCGCGCCCUGCGGCGGCGCUGGCUGCGGGACCAGGAGCUGAGCGAGCGGGAGCCCGUCCUGCCGCGGCGGCAGCUGGGGCCCGUGGCCGCCUUCUGGGAGCGCUUCCUGCAGCCCGGGGGGCUCUGGCGGCAGCAGGUGUUCAAGGCCUAUGAGACCGGCGGCUUCGUCUUUACGCGGGUCCUUGUCCCCGCCUGGAUCAUCCUCUACUGCCUCAAGUACCACGUCAUGAAAACGCCGCACGGUGUUGUUAUGUCAAAUCCACGGAUAUUCCCAGGGGACAGAAUUUUAGAGACGGGAGAAAUUAUUCCACCCCUGAAAGAAGAACCCGGUGAGCACCACUGAUGGCUAAAAGCUGAUUUCCUCCUUCGGCGCACAAGGCGAGAACUGCGAACUGCUUUCUCUCUUCUAUAAAGGAGUCUUUAUUCUGCA